UGCCGGCGCCCCGGCACACACCGAGCGCUGGAGCCUCCGCCGCGACAAGCCGGCAGCUGCCUCGCUGCGGGGUUAGCCCCACGGCUUUGGGUUUGCCGCGGCCGUCGCCCGUUUUGCUCAAUCUUGGGAAAUUCUUGGGGUGCCGGGGGGGAAUUUUGGAUAUUUUUUUCCCCGCGGGGGGGUGUCUGGGCAUCUCCCCCCGCGCCCGCCGCCUCGCUCCACCUGCCCUUGCGCCUUUUUUCUUCUUUUCCCUGCCUGUCUCUCCACCAAACCCGGGCUGAUGUGCUGUGCGAGAGGCUGGAAAUGGAAGUGUUGAUGCUCUGGCUUUUCCCCUGGAUAUUUCAGUGCGUUUCGGUGCGGGCGGACUCCAUCAUCCACAUCGGUGCCAUUUUCGAAGGCAAUGCUGCCAAGGACGACGAGGUGUUCAAGCAGGCGGUGUCGGAUCUGAACCUCAAUGACGACAUCCUCCAGAGCGAGAAAAUCACUUACUCCAUCAAGCUCAUAGAGGCCAACAACCCCUUCCAUGCGGUGCAGGAAGCCUGUGACCUGAUGACCCUGGGGAUCUUAGCCUUAGUGACAUCCACUGGUUGUGCCUCGGCUAAUGCCCUGCAGUCCCUGACGGAUGCCAUGCACAUCCCACAUCUUUUUGUACAGCGCAACACGGGCGGCUCCCCGCGCACAGCCUGCCACCUGAACCCCAGCCUGGAGGAGGAGGAGUACACGCUGGCCGCCCGCCCACCCGUCCGCCUCAAUGAUGUGAUGCUGAAGCUGGUCACUGAGCUGCGGUGGCAGAAAUUCAUCGUGUUUUAUGACAGCGAUUACGAUAUACGUGGACUGCAGGGAUUUCUCGAUCAGGCCUCGAGACUGGGACUUGAUGUAUCAUUACAGAAAGUGGACAGGAACAUCAGCAGAGUCUUUGCCAACCUUUUCACUACCAUGAAAACAGAAGAGCUGAACCGCUAUCGGGACACAUUGCGGAGGGCUAUCUUACUCCUAAGCCCACGGGGAGCCCAGACAUUUAUUAACGAGGCUGUGGAAACCAACCUUGCAUCAAAGGAUAGUCACUGGGUCUAUGUAAAUGAGGAAAUCACUGACAAUGAAAUACUAGAGUUGGUACAUAGUGCUCUGGGGAGGAUGACAGUUAUCCGGCAAAUUUUCCCUCUCUCAAGAGACAACAAUCAGAGAUGCAUGAGGAACAAUCACCGAAUAUCAUCACUGCUGUGUGAUCCACAAGAAGGCUAUCUUCAGAUGCUGCAGGUGUCCAACCUGUACCUGUAUGACAGUGUGCUCAUGCUGGCCAAUGCUUUCCACAGAAAACUGGAGGACAGGAAAUGGCACAGCAUGGCAAGCCUGAACUGCAUGAGGAAAUCCACCAAACCUUGGAAUGGAGGACGAUCCAUGCUAGAGACUAUUAAGAAAGGCCAUAUAACUGGGCUUACUGGUGUUAUGGAGUUCAGAGAAGAUGGCGCCAACCCCUAUGUUCAAUUUGAAAUACUGGGCACUAGCUACAGCGAGACAUUUGGCAAAGACGUGCGGAGGUUGGCAACGUGGGACUCUGAGAAAGGACUGAACGGGAGCCUCCAAGAGCGACGUUUGGGCAAUGACUUACAAGGACUGACACUCAAAGUGGUGACUGUCUUGGAAGAACCUUUUGUGAUGGUGGCGGAGAACAUACUUGGGCAACCAAAGCGAUAUAAAGGAUUUUCCAUUGAUGUCCUGGAUGCACUUGCCAAAAAUCUGGGCUUCAAGUAUGAGAUCUAUCAAGCUCCUGAUGGCAAAUAUGGACAACAACUCCAAAACAGCUCCUGGAAUGGCAUGAUUGGAGAGCUUAUUAAUAAGAGGGCAGACCUAGCCAUCUCAGCCAUCACUAUAACACCAGAACGAGAGAGUGUUGUGGACUUCAGCAAGCGGUACAUGGACUAUUCAGUGGGGAUCUUAAUCAAAAAGCCUGAAGAGAAAAUCAACAUCUUCUCUCUCUUUGCUCCUUUUGACUUUGCGGUGUGGGCUUGCAUUGCUGCAGCCAUCCCUAUAGUUGGUGUCUUGAUAUUUGUCUUGAACCGGAUCCAGGCAGUCCGAGCCCAGAAUGCUUCCCAGCCAAGCCCUUCUGCAUCCUCCACCCUCCACAGUGCCAUCUGGAUUGUGUACGGCGCCUUUGUUCAGCAAGGAGGUGAAUCUACUGUCAAUUCUGUGGCUAUGCGCAUUGUGAUGGGAAGCUGGUGGCUCUUCACCCUUAUCGUGUGCUCUUCCUACACAGCGAACUUAGCAGCAUUUCUCACAGUAUCAAGGAUGGAUAAUCCUAUAAGAACAUUUCAGGAUCUGUCCAAACAAAUGGAUAUAUCUUACGGUACAGUCAGGGAUUCAGCAGUAUAUGAAUACUUUAAAGCAAAAGGGACGAACCCUUUGGAGCAGGAUAACACAUUUGCUGAACUGUGGAGGACUAUCAGUAAGAAUAAUGGGGCAGAUAAUUGUGUAUCGAAUCCUUAUGAAGGCAUCAGGAAGGCAAAGAAAGGAAACUAUGCUUUCCUGUGGGAUGUGACAGUGGUGGAAUAUGCUGCGCUGACAGAUGAUGAAUGCUCUGUGACAGUCAUUGGAAACAGCAUCAGCAGCAAAGGAUAUGGGAUAGCACUCCAGCAUGGAAGCCCCUACAGAGAUCUUUUUUCCCAGAGGAUCCUAGAGUUGCAAGAAAGUGGAGAUUUGGAUGUUCUGAAACAGAAAUGGUGGCCACGGAUGGGACGUUGUGACCUGAAUAGCCAUACCAAUGCACAGACAGAUGGGAAGGCACUCAAGCUUCACAGUUUUGCAGGCGUUUUCUGCAUUUUAGCAAUAGGCCUUCUUCUUGCAUGCUUGGUGGCAGCAUUGGAGUUGUGGUGGAACAGCAACCGUUGUCAUCAAGAAACACCGAAAGAGAGCAGAUACAGCAUGGGCAGCUGCAGUGCAAACUUCCCCACAUUGCCCCACCAAUGUGCCUCAACCCUGACCUGGAGAGAUCACCUUUAGGGGUAAGAGAGUAGUUCAGAAACGUGCCCUUGGCCUCUCUGUUGUGAGUGACAGGGAGGCCAGUGACAGGCAUCCCUUCGUGCUGUCUAUGGUAAUGUUUUCUUUGAUCUGAGACCCCCUCUAUUGACUGAGAGAACCAUGUCCAUCCUGUGCAGGCUGUGUGACUGCCAGCCAGCUGGUAGCUGUUUUCCGUCGUGGCUGACCUAGGCUGAGUUUGAAGAGGCACACAAGCAAUUAAAAAUAAACCAGCUAAUUAUUAAUUGAAUAAGCCAUAUUGCCAUGACUCUGUUUAAAUGCUUCAUUUCUUUUGAAAUCGGUUUUAUUUCUAAAAGUAGGAGCCUCAGUAAGGCAAGCAUUUUUUUUACCUAGGAAAAUACAUAUGAGAAAUUUCUUGGCUUUGAAGUUUUCACACACAGCACUGUGUAGUAUUUAGCAGUGCUAUGAUAGAAUAAUCAGUCAGUACUCAGACCUAUCUUGCAUGAAGCCUGUGUUUGUUUACAUAGAUUAAAUGUUUAACAAACUAACCUCUUGUAAUUUUGGAGGGACUGAGGCAUUGGUAGGUGCUUUCAUCUUGGAACAGAUGUUUGUUACAAGGAAAUAAUAGCAGCGAGCUGCACUGCAGCUGGAAAAUAAUACAUAGCCCAUCAGUUCCAAUCUGUUUGUCAAAUUGCCAGGAGUACUCCACUAAUUGACAUACCUGUAAGCAAAUCUGGCAAAUGGGAUCUGAAGAUAUAUGUUGCAGUCUGUAAUGCCAUGAAAUAUUUAUCAGUAAGAUUCCGAAUAUUCUUCUGAGUUCUUACUUGUCCCAUUUGAAUUUAUCCAUUAAGUGCUCCAUGCUAAACAUCUGUACCGUGUUUGUGGGACAAAGCUGCAAAGUCAUUUGCCUGUGGCUCCACAACAUAUGACAGCGAAAGGGGAAUUUUGGUCAAGGGAAGCAUGUCUCGGCAUUGCACAAUUCAGCACUUCAGAAACAGGCACAGGGAGAGCACGAGUAGGAACUCUUGCUUACAAAGAAGCUUUCCCAUGGACCGAAGUAACUGCUCUUUGGCUAAAUCCUGUAGCAUUUUUCCCUGCUGCUGUGUAGAAGUCCUUCCCGUAGGUCCUUCCCUGGAGGUCCCAUGCCAUGUUAGCAUUGCUGAGGCCUAAACCUGAGGGGCAGAGGGUUCACUGCCUGCUGUGAAAGCCUGGCAGGGCAAGGGGCAGGGACGUGGUCUUAUAUGUCAUCACGGUGGCUGUGCACAGCAUUCCUCCUGCCCUGCUCUGCAGUGCAUUCCCGUCUGCACUCACCUCUGUGGUCUUUGUAGAGUGAGAUGAGAAUAUGCCCCACAGGCUGUUUCAUAUAGGUCAGAUGAAGUAAUUCACUCUGUUCGUACAAGGAGAUUUAAAUACUCAAUUUCCAUCUCUGAAAAAGGAUCUAUCUUACUAAGUUUACAUAUUUUUUUUUUUUUGCGCAUCCCCUUCAUGCCUCUUUUUAUAACUGUACAAAGGACUACUGCAGAUCCCUGCCUACCCUAUCCCGUCUUUCCUCUCCUCCCCAUCCCUCUUCUCCUCCUCCCUUUUCCCUCCAGUGUGUUCUUGGUUAAGGUUGCUCUGUAUGUCUUCUUCUGCAGUUUCUGUGAGAAACAAAUAGAAUACUUUUAAGCUUCCAUUUUUUAAAGUAUACGAAAGUGCUUGGGAAGAUCCCCUGUGUUUGGGGCUGGGUCUGUGCUUGGAGCACAGCUAGUGUGGCUUAAGGGAGGCAAAUAGCACUCAUGGAGAGGCUCAGAAAAGGUCAGGGAUGAGGGUGCUGGUGAGAGAGAGGGAACAGAGUCAUUGGGAGCCCUGGCACAAGUAGGUGUUAAGGUUGAAUGAGGAAGUGUGUGUUCCCGAGGAGAGGGCAUGAGGGUGAGGGCUCACAGGAUGAACUGGCCAGGAGGAAAGCGUGAGAAGGGUAUGUGAAGCAGGCAGGAUGGAACACAACAAGGGGGCCCUGGAGAAGGCAGCUGGGUGCCAUGACAGGCAGGCAGCAAGAAGCACCUUUCGAUCAGGUCACAGCAGCUGUAGGGAAGAGUGACUGCUGCCCAGCACCAUAGACAGGCAGCACCUUCAGAGAUCCUCCAUUUAAAUGUGAGGCAGCCAUUUUGCUGGUGCCUUCUAAACCCUAUUUCCACCCAGCCCCCAGCAGUUUGGAUUGUGUAACAUGUCAGCCGUAGCCUGGGCCCAACAUGUGCACUCAAAGCUGUCGCAGCCCCGUGGCUGCCACAGUUCCAGCCCCUCUCUCCUCCCUGGGUUAGACCUCCUGGGUGCUUGGGAGCCGGUGAGGCAGAAGCAGGUAGAGGAUCAUGGCUCGUGGCUGCCCAUCCUGUGAGGUGUCACAUGUGUUUGGGGGACUCUGGUGGCUCUCUGGUGACAGUGACCACAACAUCCGCUUGGAUAAAUUGGCAAACAAAUGUAGCAGAACCCUCUUGGCAGGUUAGUGGGUAGAGAUAUUUUAUUUAUGUAGUACUAGUGAGGAGAGAUUGAAGCGGGCGUGCUGAUGGCUGCUGUAAUUAAGGUGGGAAACUGUUUCAGAAGAGAGGAUGUAGAUUGCUUGAAGAUUUUCGAUGUAUUUAGGAGAACCAAAUUUCAGAGCUUUUGAAACAGUGGGAUCCAGGGAUGAGAGGAGCAUUGAGUCCCGGGGGAGUCAGAAUCAUCGGAUCAUCAGAUGGUUUGGGUUGGAAAAGACCUUAAAGAUUAUCUUGUUCCAGACCCUUACCAUGGGCAGGGACACCUCCCACUGGAUCAGGCUGCUCAAAGCCUCAUCCAGCCUGUCUGUGAACAUCUCCAGGGAUGGGGCAGCCAUGGCUUCACUGGGCAGUGUAUUCUGCUUGAGUCAGGAACAGCAGCUGAGCAUUGCUUAGGGGACCAAAAGCAAAAAGAGAAUUUGAUCUCCAGGGGAGUGCAUUCAGGAUAUCUCAUUUCUAUCUCUGCAUGUUAUUGAGAAUUUCUUCAGCAGUAUCCAGAAUAACAGAGCUGUGACACACAUAGCAUAUACACAACGUGAACAUCUGCCUCUUAGCUGCAUCUGGCACUCCAGUGAAGUUGUUAGUUCAGUAGCAGCUGCAAACUUAAGUCAUGCUGCUGAUUUUCUUCUGCUUUUAAAAGGCUUUGGCAAAACACAAGUGUUGUGAUAUCACCUAAAUAUUGUGGGAACUGAACUAUCUCCCAGCCAUUUUCUUCUGUGAAGUGCAGAGGUUGUGGAAGGGGCUGAUUUUCAUGCAGGCUUUGGUGUUGUCUCACGAGAAGUCGCUUCAUGAGGUGAAGGCGAAGAAGUUGGUGUGUUUGGCUUCUGUCACCCUUACCCUGAUAGGAGCUUUAUAAAUACAUUAUAGAAGAUUACAGUUGAUUCAGGAUUGAAUGAGGAGUUGCCAUAACUUGUGGAGUCCUUGUGUAAUGUUCUCUCUUUGGUUUGACCCACUUGGUAGGCUGCAUCAUGCCACCAAUUACCAACUCAAAAAGCAGAGAGAUGCUGGGAGGAUGGAUGCAUGACUGCUCUAGCAGGUUUAUGACAGGGUUGGGCAGCCAUGCAGUGUGCUGGAGAGAAAGAGAAAGGAUUUUUUUAGAGGCCAUCGUUUUGUAUGUCAAGGUUCUGUGAAGUCGGUAGCUGCAAGAAUGUGCACAGCCUUCAUUAGCAUUAGAGAAGUGUUUUCAGUUGACAUUUAAGUGCUGAUAUUUGCUAGCUUGAUGUCUUUUCCUCUUCCGCUUUGUAUGCCUUUGGCUUUUUUGGAGGUCAGCCUGAGCCAACACAUUGGGGUGUUCAAGAACUCGGAUGUCUGUGUGGUAUAAAUCACAAUUCUUAAUUACAAUUAGUGUGAAAAACAUAGCCUGUUUUUUAAACCUGACAGCGUAACUUGAACCUUGAUAUUAAUCUGAUCUACAUUUGCAAAGAGUUUAUAGGAAGAGCUACAUUAAACGGAGACUACUUCCAGUCGGACUACUUUUUACAUUAUUCACAUACAAAGAAAAUCUGCCUCACUGAAAUAAAAAAAAAAAAGUAUUGUUUCCACCCACUAAGUCAGUUCAUCAAGAUAAAUCUCCAGGAAGGAUGGACUUCCUUUACUUUCCCCCAAAUACAAUGGCCAUUCAUUUAAAUUUCUAUCAUGCAAACAAUACUGACAUCUCUUGUGAGAGAAGCAAAGUUUGGUUUGAUUUUCUUUUUCAGGAUGUUGAUACAAGAUAUUUGUAUUCUAUUCAAAGCAGACUUGUAAAAAUAUUUCUAAUGAGUUCUGCUGCAAAAAUAUAAAUGUUACUGCUUUUAAUUCUUCAUUUAAUCCUUAUUUGAUCAGAUUAAAAGGAAGAUUAGCUCCAGCAUCAGGAAAAAAUGUGUAGGUGCAGCACUAUGCCACUUUCUUCUAUUAGGGCUCAAGUUCGUAAUCUCUUAAAUUUGGAAAGCCAUCUAGUAAUAUUUAAAUGUCCUUAUUAUUUUCUAAUUCAGGAAAAUUUACAUUUGAUCAUAUUUUUCAAAUCAGGUUUUCUGAAGUUUGUAAUCAUCCUCUCCUAAUUGUAAUCCUGUACCCAUGGUGAAAUUUAGCCAGCUCAUACAUCUCUCUGUGUGUGUUAAAAUCUUGAAUUUACGCAGCUGCAAUACUGAUACCUAACCUUUUGACUUUGAUAAGCUGCAGAAAUUUGGGGAGCUGUAAAAUAAAAAAUGAAAAUUAAUAUUUAUUCUGGAAUCUCUAUUCAGUCACUGUAUGUCCCUUUUGAAUAACUGAGCAAUCAGAUAAAGUUAUUGAAACCUGCUUCCAUAGAAAUGUCGAGCUUUCAGUAAUUAUCUCUGGAUUUUUAUAUCUUUUGGUGUGGAGUCCUAUGCAUUUAUUUCAUGAUAUCAGUAAGCUGUAAUAUAAUUUGGAUCAUUUAACUGCCAAGAGCUUUGCCAAAUCAUCAGGUUCUUCAUAUCUUUUAUUCUCUUUGACAGUCUGAAAGACAGUUUUCAAAUCUUCAUUGCCUUUAUGAUCAAGCAUAGCUGCUUACUGCAAGGGACUCACCAGCAUCCUCUGUGCUUUAUCAGCUGUGUCUUAUUGUGAUACACUGUUCCCCUUGAAGAUUAUUACUUUUGAGAUCUCUUCAGAAAUGUUAAGAAAGCAGUCCUAGUUCAUCCCAUACUAUACUCGAAAACAGUUAAAACUUAGAAGCAAAGAUAAAGUGUCACACUUUUCACUGUGCAAAAAUGUAUUCACUAACACCAAAUUAAUGAGCAACCACACAUCAAAGGAAAUCAGUCACUUUCAUGGGAUGAUUUUUUUUCUGGGAACUGAUAAUUGUUGCAUCUUCCAUAAAGGGUGAUAUUGAUUCAGUUAUUGCUAAUAUAGCUUUUGAAAGACUAUGUUAGAAUGAUCUCAAUAAGUUCUUGGUUUGAUCCUUUUUUAGCUCAGGUAAUAUAAAUCAGAAGUGUGUCUUCUGCAGGCUGGCUGUGCUACUCCUUACAAUGUGCAUGUUUCAGAAACUGUACCCAAAGUGUUUGCAAUUUCAUAAUGCAUGAAGAUUUUGGGGUUUUACUGGUUAAGGAGUAGCGUAAUUUUUCACAUCCUAAGUUGUUACUAGUCAUCACCUCGUAACUUGUGUCACAUUUAUAAUUCAUUAACAAUCACAGUCUUCAUAGCUUAGUUUGUGAUUUCUUAACUUUCCUGUGCUUCCAUAAAAUCAUUUUAUUCAACAGACUCUUUUCAAUUUUCUAUCCUCACUUUUUAAGUUAUUAAAGGGGGCAACAACUUAGGUACUGAGACUAGUACACAGACUUGUAUACUAGUAACAGCAUCUUAUCAUUCUCAUUUCCUGCUGCUCCCAGCUUAUUAAUGUUUUUAAUGUUAGUGAAUCUCAAAAAAUCUAGACUCUGCAAUACCUUAUAGGAUAGGAGGAGGCACCAAAAUUACUCUAAAAAUUAUCCCAAGUAUCUAGGCAGUAUACAGGAUGAAAGACGGAAAACCUGUGUCUCUGGUUGGACUCGAUGAUCCAGUAGGUCCUUUCCAAUUUAGUGAUUCUAUGAUUCUGUGGCCAGGGCAGCAUUGUCUGAUCUGCCUUACGUUCCCCUAGUUCUGUGUUAGAUGAGAUACAAAUUCCAGCCUACCUCAGAAAUCCAUAUUUCUAGCUUUAGUUAUGAAAGUUAUCCACUAGGGCUCUCCUCUGAUAUUAGAAGACCUUGAAACCCAAUGUACCUUGGAAAUGGAAAUACGAGCUAGCAGGUCCAAUAGAUCAAAAUGCGUCACUGCUAAGAUUUGUGGUUUGCACUGUAUUCACUUCAGUUCUCCAACCAGAUAUUCUUCCAUGGCAAUCAAGGCUUGCAUAUCUUCAGCAUGGUUUCAGAAGUGUUGUUUUUGAUUAUUAAAGAUUCUUAUUCUUUCCCCAUUAUUUUCAUGUUCCUUGUCUUUGUCACUUCAUUUACCUUGUCUCCUUUGUGGUGUUAUCUUUUUAUCUGACAAUUUGAUUUUCCCCGGGAUGGUUCCUUUUGAGAAUGAAAGGAAACAUGAGAUCAUCAAACUGGUAUUUUAUUUUCCCUUCACUGCAUGUCCUCUAUAUUUUAUCUUGUUUUUAUUUUAAAUUAUUUUUUUCUGUAUUUUUAUGACAUGUCUGAAAUCUUUGUACAUUUUUUGCUCAGUUGCAUAUAAAUGAUCAUUUGUUUGUACCACUGUAUUGUAUUUUACUUUUCUAAGAAUAAAUAAAGUUUUUUUGGGGAAAAUAAAUCACACACACACUGGCAAAAUAAUGCAUUUUAAUGCCAUCUAGAAAUUCAGUUUCAAGCAAACUUUGAACAUAAUAAGCUGAGAAACUUCAUUUAACUAGCAUUUUUAAAUCAGCAAAGCAGUGUUAGGAAUCAGUCAUCCCAGAAUGCAAGUUUAAUGUUGUUUAAUGAUGAAGUAUAAGCUGGAAGAAUCAGUUAAAAGAAAAAGGGAAAAAAAAAAAAAAAAAAGAAGAGGAGGAUAUACUAUAUAAAUUGCUUUUUACAGAAACUGAUAAUAGCUGGAAGGGCAUCUUAACUAACUCAGUGCUGGCUUUUUACAUGAGUGAAGAAGCACGAUUUUCCUAUUAGAAGUCCCUAGCAGUGAAGCAGAUAUUCCAUAAUAUCUGGUCACAGACAGUGUGCUCGUUCAGAAUCCAAUGAAAUCAGUCAACUCUCCCUAUUGAUCACCAUAGAUUUAGGUCAAGGCUGUAAUGGAUUUAGAAAUGACAAAUCAUUCCUGUGAUUAAUGACACCGAGCUCAAGCUUCUGCUACCCAAAGCAGUGUUGAAGCGUUCGAGUUUGGUUCCAGCAUAUUUCCCUAGCUGCAAGGAAGGGAUUUUUUGUGUUUGGUUUCAUUUUUCUCUCAGUCAUAUAAAGAAACCCUGUUAAUGGAAAUCUUAGGAGUCUAAUCUGGAUUUACUCAGUGUGAACCUUGCGGGAGUGGGAAAUACUGAACCAAAGUAAGCUUAAAAACUGAAUGUUGCCAUGCAGAGAAAUUGGAAAGAAACAACCUGUUUAAAGUUCCAGUUUGGUAAUGAGUUUAAGUCCUUGCUUACAUCACCUGUCUCAGAGAACUUCUGUGGCCUCUCAUGUGCUUGGCAUGAGCUUAUGUGUUUUACUGAAUCAGAGCCUUAAUUUGUCGGAUUCGUUUAGGUUAUUCACAGUGUUUACAGAGCUAAUGUUUGUAUAUUUUAUCUCAGCCUGAAGUGGUAUUUUAAAGUUGACUUUUUGAGGGGGGUUGAAUGUUCAGUAAUAACAGAAUCAGUAAAAGUUUAAAAUAAAAAACAUAAAAUGUGACUGUUUUCUCCAUAUUUUUUUUACAUUUUUGUGGUUUGUAAAAUUCUUCCUGCUUAGCAUUAAAACGUGUACAUAAAAUUAAAUAAGAGUUUGAUCCUGAUCUCACCCAGAUCACCAAAACACUUCAUUUUAGCAGUGUAGGAUCAAAUUUAAGUUGCUUUGAAACCAACAUUUAUAAAGCAUAAACUGAAAGCCAACAUGUGCAUUGAAGUGAUUUGCUAAAGAUUGACCUUACCAUACAGCGAUAUUAACAAGCAAUUUCUAAAUCAAUUUAUGCACAGAAUUUAAAUCAUUUUAUGAUAGAUGAAAUAAGGUUUUCACAAUAUUAGCAAAAUAUUAAGGUGUUAACACAGGUGUUAAUAUUGUGGAAAAUAUAUAUUUAAACAGACAGCAAAACCGAAAAACAGCCUCGAUGGUUUAGUUAUGAUUUUCUGUGACUUCAGAACCAUAUUUAUAAAUGCAUAUAUAGAAAAGACCUACUCAAGCUUAUUCAACAUAAAAAGUGGUAUUUAUUCAGAAGUAGUUAGUAUCCAAGAGUUUUCUUCUGGGAAACUGGUGGCCAGAUUUUUAUUAUGCUGAAAUGUUUUAAUGAUUUGGCUAGCCAUGUCUUUUCUCGUGUUGAAAUAGACUUUGGGCAGUUUCCAAAAUAUUGAGUGGGGAUGCAGAAAUUUAGGUUUUAAUUAAACCAUUUGUGGCUAAUGGUCAGAGUAGGAGUUUUCUGAGUCUUUCACAUAACUGGAGUGGAGACGAGAGGCUUUGCCAGACAACUGUUGCUGGACCUCAAUUAGGUUGUAGCAGCAACUCCUUGUGUCUCUUGUGCCAACUCUCUCUUGUACUCCUGGCAUAAUAGGAAAUAAUGGGAACUUUUGAGAUUUGGAUUUGACUAGGCUGGAAUGGUGAAGAAGGAUGCUGAUAGAGCAAUCUGUUACGCCUGAUGCUCCAGUAGAGUAAAUCAGACUGUUAAAGGGUAACGUUGCUUUGCUUUGAGCUCAGUAGAGUGAAAAAUUGCAUUCCUUAUGGACUAGAUAAUCAUUUAGGAUUUAAAAGCUGUGUAAAGCAAUGUAAAGAAUCCAUUAAUUUUUAGUGAGUUCUGGAACAGAACCUUCGUGAAUUUAAUCUUACUUCAUAAAAGAAUAAUCUACCGCCACACAGGGUCAUUUUAGAUGUAGUUGAAUUCUGAAAACACCAUCCCCUUUAGAACCUUCCUCUGCAGAGGUAGAAUUUGCUAUUUCAGAUCAGUAGUAUGAGAAGUAAUAAGUAUAUGUUUGCUGAAAAAACGUGUAAUAUUGAUUAACUUAUUAGC